UAUUUUCUGUAUUAUCAAAUUUGCUGGAACUUUUGGUUCUAGAUUUUUGGAAGAAAAACAAAGUAGACUUUGAGGUUAAUUUGCUGGGGUUUCAGAUUCAUAAAAUUUAAUGCAUUUAUUUCUUUGGUUUUGAUUGAAUAUGACCAUAGCCAUGAUUCAGUUUGUUUAUUGCAAAUUAUAUAUAUAUAGUUUCUUUUUGUAUAUCAUCCAUGAUUCAGUGGUCUAAUAUACAUUUAUUCAUAAAUGCAUGUGAGAUAAUUGAUAGUAUGAAAAUGAUUUGAUUAGAAAGAUGACAUCAAAGCACAUUGUCAAUAUCUCUGUGUUGUGUUCUACUAUAACAGUUUUCUUUUUGUCACACUCACAGGCCAUUAUAUAUGAUAUGAAUUAUUAUUCUCAGCAAAUUCGAGAUUCAGCAUUUCAGGAUGGAAACACUGUGGAGCCAAGCAAGAAUCAAGACAAGACAAGUGAUAUAAGAAACCACAACAAAGAUGAAGUUGUCUCGUGUAACACAGAGAUAUCCAAGCAGCAGCAGUAUAAUCCUCUUCCACUUGUUAGUGCAAUGAAGACUGUAGCUCAACAAAAAGCUGCCACAUUUCACUUUCCUGCUCACAACAGAGGUCGCAGUGCCCCAUCUUCAUUAACUCAACUCAUUGGUCUCAAACCAUUUAUUCAUGACUUGGCUGCGGUUCCAGAGCUCGACAACCUGGCUUCUCCACACGGGCCCAUUUUAGAUGCACAAAAGGAAGCAGCCAAGCUUUUUGGAGCAUUGGAGACAUGGUUUCUUGUUGGAGGAACCACUUGUGGAAUCCAUGCUGCAAUUAUGGCUACAUGUUCACCAGGAGACUAUCUAAUUCUUCCCCGGAAUUGUCAUUUAUCAGCCAUAUCUGCUAUGGUCUUAUCUGGUGCCGUACCUAAGUACGUCAUACCUGAAUAUGAUGUUGAAUGGGAUAUUUCAGGUGGGGUCAUUCCAUCACAGGUGGAGAAAGCAAUUGAGGAACUAGAGAAAGAAGGUCGAAAACUGGCUGCAGUCUUUGUGACUUCUCCUACUUAUCAUGGAAUAUGCAGCAACAUAAGCGAGAUAUCUCAGCUGUGCCACUCUCAUGGAAUUCCUCUAAUCGUGGAUGAGGCUCACGGGGCUCAUCUCGGGUUUCAUCCUAACAUGCCCAACUCAGCACUUCAGCAAGGGGCUGAUUUGGUUGCUCAAUCAACUCACAAAGUUCUUUGCUCUUUGACACAGUCAUCAAUGUUGCACAUGUCGGGCAAUCUUGUAGAUAAAGAAAAAGUCUCCGGAUGCCUUCGAUUGCUUCAAAGCACUAGUCCUAGUUAUCUUCUUCUAGCAUCAUUAGAUGCAGCUCGACACCAACUUACUGAAAACCCAGAAGCCUUAUUUGACAAAGCACUGCAAAUAGCUGCUGAGGCUAAGAAAGUGAUAAGAACACUUCCCGGCAUUUCCAUACUCAACUCUAAGAGUUUCCCAAAGUUCCCAGUUAUGGAUCCAUUAAGGCUCACCAUUGGUUUUAAACAGUUGAACGUGUCUGGCUAUAAAGCAAAUGAAAUUUUGUACGUAGAUAAUGAGAUUAUAUGUGAACUUGCUGGAACCACAUCUGUUACUUGUGCAUUUAAUCUUGGAACUUGUAGAGAACAUGUUGAGAGGUUAGUGUUUGGCCUAAAGAAUAUAGUGUCAUCUGCAGCACUGACUCAGGGAGCGAUAGAGAAGGUAACCCAUGGUGUGGUUACACCUUUUGCUAAUUUCACCACAAGCUUAAUUCCAAGAGAGGCCUUUUUUAGAAGCAAAAUGAAAGUAAGCAUUGGAGACUGCCUUGGGGAAGUUUGUGGGGAGCUUAUAUGCUCAUUCCCACCAGGAAUUCCAGUGCUGAUCCCUGGUGAGACUAUUACACAAAGAGCUUUGGAUUAUCUUUUUGAUGUUAGAAGUAAGGGUGCCCUCAUCAGUGGUGCUUCAGAUCCACAACUCUCUUCCAUACUUGUCUGCAACAAGUAGAGCACAUUUGGGUUCAAGUUCAACUCUGUUAUCAAUGUUAAUGUUCAACUCCAACUUAGUCUAGCUGGUGUGAAAGUUAUUGAUUAUACAU